GUUGUGAAAAGGAAAAACACCGUAACAAUGAGCUUCCAUCUCCUAACCAAAGCUUCGCGGCAGAGCCAAACGACAAAGCCAAUUGCAUUUUCCCAUAUACUUCCACGCUUAUUUUCUCAGCGAUCGGAACGGCCUUCAUUCGGCAUUGCGUUCGACAUCGACGGUGUCGUUUUGCUCGGUAACACCCCCGUCGGUGGUUCUCCGGGAGCACUGAGAAAAUUAUACGACGACGAUGGUAAACUGACAAUCCCUUACGUUUUUCUCACUAAUGGUGGUGGCUUUCCUGAAGCUAAAAGAGCCUCUGAGCUUAGUCAACUUUUGGGUAUACACGUUUCACCUUCGCAGGUUUUACAGGGCCAUUCAACAUUUAAACAAUUGGCCAACAGAUUUGAGAACGAUCUCAUUGUUGCUGUGGGAAAAGGGGAACCUGCCGCUGUGAUGUCUGAAUAUGGUUUUAAAUAUGCUCUUUCAAUUGAUGAAUAUGCAUCAUGCUUUGAAAACAUUGAUCCACUGGCUCCGUACAAGAAAUGGACAACCAAGUGUGCUGCUACACAGAAUUCAAAGUUUAACGAGAGUGUUCCAAGGAACGAUGUCUUCUCUAAUAGGGUUCAAGCAGCAUUUGUAGUUAGUGACCCUGUUGAUUGGAGCAGGGACAUACAGGUUCUCUGUGACAUCUUAAAAACAGGAGGCCUUCCUGGAAGGAAUGUUGGACCACAACCGCAUAUAUAUUUUGCAAAUGAUGACCUUGAAUACCAGACUAAGUUUCCUUCCGAACGUUUGGGCAUGGGAGCUUUCAGGAUUGCAUUAGAAUCCAUCUUCAAUAGGAUUCACCCUCAUUCCUUGGAAUAUACAUGUUUUGGCAAACCGUAUCCAUCUGUCUUCAAGAAUGCAGAAAUCGUGUUACAGAAACUUGUGGCAUCGCUUUAUAACGAUUUCUAUGAUAUAAGUCGUAAUAAUGCUCCAUAUUUUAAAACACUUUACAUGAUAGGAGAUAAUCCUGCAGUUGAUAUCAGAGGUGCACGACAGACUGGGCAUCCUUGGUUUUCUAUUCUCACAAGAACUGGGGUUUUCAAGGGGAAGGAAAAUCAUGACAAAUUUGCAGCAGAUCUGGUGGUUGACACUGUAGAAGAAGCUGUGGACUACAUAUUGGCAAAGGAAUGCGUUUCAUAGGUCUUUACAUUGAAAUGCUUUGAUUCUUUAAGAUGACAUUUGAAAGUCAUAGGUGAUUCUGUGAUAUCACCAGAAGAAUGUAAUAAUUUGUGGCCUAAUCAGCCGUUCAUUUAAAGCGCAUACAAGUUAUAU